AGUAGCCUGAAAAUGGCCGCUCAUACCUGAAGGAUUUUAAUCUGGUGCAUAAACAUCGGACUCGUCGCCCCACACCAUGGACAGCGUUUCUCACGGCGACUUCCUGCUACAGCAGCUGAACGGGCAGAGGGAGCGAGGCCAACUGUGCGACUGCACCGUGGUCAUAGGCCAGGAGCACUAUGCAGCCCACCAUAACGUCCUUGCCGCCUUCAGCGAGUAUUUUUCCACCCAGUGCAUCGAUGCCGGAAGGGAAGACGCCACCAUAACGCUGGACCCGGAAUGGGUGAACAGCUCCGUGUUCGAGAAACUGCUGGAUUACAUGUACACGGGGAAACUGACCAUAGACAGUGAAGAGAUUCCAAGCAUUCAGAAAGCAGCGUCCUACCUGGGUAUCCAAGAAGUCAUCGCUAACUGCAACCCGAGUGAUAUCGAAGACGGCGCCGUCGCUGCAGAGUACGUGGAUCCCCGCUCGCCACUGAGCCCAGACGAUUACGAACCUCUGGAACCGAUUGAAGAGGUGGAGGAACGACAAAGGCUAAUGAAGGAAGAAGAGGAUAACGGUGAGCCGCCCGAUGAGGCGGCUCCGGCCGACGAAUCGCACUCGUCCGGCGAACAAACGGCACGGAGCACGGAGAAGAGGUUCAGAAAGCCUAAGACUCGACUUUACGAGGACGACGACUUUUCGAAAAAAGAAAGCCCCGUCACGCAGAGAGGGAAAGGUCGAGGGCGGGGAAGGCCGAGAGGCCGGCCACGAACGCUGUCCCCGGGUUCUGACAAAUCGGAUCUCGCGGCGGCGGACAAGAGUCCGACCGCAGGCGCUGACGUGGCAAGGAGGGGGAGAGGAAGGGGACGGCACAGGGGUCGGCCUCGUACGGGCCCUGCACCUUCCGAAAACGCCGCUCAUGCAGAAACAGAUCGCAGCCCAACUGGAGUACUAGGCAGAGGAAGCGGAAGACCGAGAGGCCGUCCACGUACGAGACCGCUGUCGUCUGAGCCGGCAGACUCGACUAGCGCUGAAGAGAACGCAGCAGUAGGAAUUGAUGAAGAAAUGGAGCAAAGCAGCUCUAAAAACGAACCAUCGGAGUCGGAACAUCCAGAAGGCGAUACGGAAAAUGUGAAUGAACCUGAAGAAGAGGCUACUGCUGAAGAUGAAGACAGGACAAAGUCAGAGGAGGAGAUCGCCAAAGAAGGCGUGGUGACUAAACGAGGAAGGGGCAGACCACGAACCAGACCGGUGUCUGUCGAUACUCCUGAUUUGACCAACACCGAGGAGGCUUCUGCUUUCACUCAUAUCAAAGAAAAAGAAGAAAUCGCGCGUAAGAAAGGCAGACCCCGUUCCAAAGCUCUGCCGUCUGAAAUAAUCGAGUCAGAAAACCCAGACGAAGAGCAAGAAGAGGGACAAGAUCAAGAGAACAGGAAGACGCAGGUGUCCUCAUCCGAGACUGCCGACGAAGGCAACGCUAAAGACGUCGACGGGGCUGGCACCGAUUCCUCGGCCGCCCAGAUCAAGAAGGUGCGCACGAGUAACAGGAAAAGAUGCCUGAGCAGAAAGCUCCGAGAGAGCCAGGCCAGCAACGAAGAGAACGAUCCGGCCGAAGGAGACGAGGACGGCGCCGAGGCCGAAGAUUGGGCCGAGGACGAUGAUGAAGAAGAAGAAGAAGGAGGUAUGGUCACGGCCUCGCAAAGUAAGCAUCGUCCCAUCUGCAACAUCUGCGGCAACCUCUUCUCAGAGAUGAGCAGCCUGCGCAGGCACAUGCGCAUACACAAAGGCAUCAAGCCCUAUCAGUGCCAGCUCUGCAACCGCUGUUUCAGGCAGGGGAACCAGCUCAAGACGCACAUGCGUAUUCACACAGGAGAGAAGCCGUUCGGCUGCAACCGCUGCGAUGCCUCGUUCGCGCAGAAAUGUCAGCUGGUUUAUCACUGCCGCAUGCAUCACGGAGAGGAAAAGCCUCACAAAUGUGACGUCUGCCCUGCCGCGUUCGCCACAUCCAGCAAUCUUAAAAUACAUAUGAGGACACACAGUGGCGAAAAGCCCUAUGAAUGUAACGACUGUGGCAAACGUUUCACCCAAGCCAGCACGUUAAUGUACCACAAGCGCCGACACACAGGAGAGAAGCCGUACAUUUGUGACACCUGUGGCAUGGCUUUUGCUGUCUCCAGCUCCCUCAUCUCACACAACAGAAAACACACAGGAGUGACCCCUUAUAUCUGCCUGGACUGCGGGAAGCCCUGCCUAACAUCUGGAGAGCUUAGGAAGCACAUGGACAUCCAUAACGGCUCAAGGAAAGUUAUCUGUAAUAUUUGUGGAAAUACGCUCGCAGACAUUUAUAGCCUGAAGAAGCACAAAGCUUUAAAACAUAAUGUCUCUUCAGAGCAAGCAGCCGAGCCUCAGAAAACCGAAUCGGGCGACGGCACGGUCAACAUCCCGAUCGACCACCAAGGCCUGAUAGCUCGAGUGCGCUCUGUCCUAGCUGAAUCGCCAGAGCCGAGCUUCCCGGAUGAAUCCGCCCUGCCUACGGAGUCCUCGGUGAUCAUCCAUCAGCCAGAGGCCCAGAUGUUCCUCCAGCAUUCGGACGGCACAGGAGCGCCCAUGAUCAUCCAGCACUCGGACGCCUCGGGGACACAGAUGUUCUCGGGAACACCGAUGAUCAUUCAGACGCAUUCAGACCCCACGGGAACACCCAUGAUCUUCCAGCACUCGGACGCUACAGGCACACCCGUGCUCUUCCAGCACUCGGACGCUACAGGCACACCCGUGCUCUUCCAGCACUCGGACGCUACAGGCACACCCGUGCUCUUCCAGCAUACGGACGCUUCAGGAACGCCCAUGCUCAUCCAGCAUACGGACGCUUCAGGAACGCCCAUGCUCAUCCAGCACGCCGACGGUUCAGGAACGCCCAUGCUCAUCCAGCAUACGGACGCUUCAGGAACGCCGAUGAUCAUCCAGCACGCCGACGGUUCGGACGCUCCCAUGAUCAUCCAGCAUUCAGAAGCCUCGGGGUCUCCGAUGAUCAUUCAGCACGAAGAAUCCUCAGAGACGCCGAUGCUCAUUCAGCACGGAGAUUCCUCUGAGCAAGUCAGUUACGUAGUGGAGCAGUAUGAAAUACCCGGAGCCUCGGAAAUGGAGCACGCUCAGAUCGUCAUUGUUCAGACUAUUGAUUAAAACGGCGGCUUCUGUCUCCGCAUCGAA